UGGCAGUAUUUCUAUCCCUUACAGCUUCUCUUAUAGACUUCUUUGCUUCCUUGACCUCAGCGGCUGCACUCUCCAUCUCCUCGAGGCGUGUUUUGCCCCAGAUUGUCUUCCUGGUGUAUUACCUUGGCAUGAUGGCUUUUCUACAAUGUUUAUUGCAUUAAAAAAUAAAACAUAUGUAAUGCAAUAUUACAUUAAAAUCUUUAAGACUAAAUUUACCUUGUGCCUCAUGUCUCACUUUACCCCACUGGCACAUUUGAGAAAAAACAGAUCUCUCUUAGUAAUUCUCUUCACAUGGUUUUAUAUGUUAAUAGUUCAUCAACAUGAUGAACUAUGAUAUACGUUUUUUUUCUACCAGAAUCAAUUUGCUCUGGCACAACAGUUAAGUUAACAGCAGGAAAAUUUACUUUUACAAAAAUAUUUUUGUGAAAAAGCAUGCUCAUCACAGCACCAUGAGCUCCUCUCCUUCAUGGCCGAGGGGAAAUGGCAUGGGCUUAAGAACAUAAUGGUCACAUGACCACAAACGUGUUCCGUUGACUAGAUACAGGGGGUGUCUCACAUUACCCGAUAUCUCACAUUACCCUGUCUCCCCCAAACAUUACUCAAUGUGUGUGAUAGUGUGUUUGUGUUAGAGUGUGUGUGUGAGAGAGAGAGAGAGAGUGAAUGAGUGUGUGUGUGUGCGAGAGAGUGUGUUUGUGAGUGUAUAUAAACGUUGCUGCCCAAAGCAGGUGAACCGGAAGAACAAGUUAAAUGAAAACAACACUCACAUGUAGUUUGACAAGGAAGUUGGCUGUAACAGCGGGAGAAUUCUGUCACCAGGUGAACCGGAAGAACAGGUUAAAUGAAAGCAACACACACAGGUAGUUUGACAAGGAAGUUGGCUGUAGCAGAAUUCUUUCACGAGUACUUUUACUUGCUUUAAUGGAGGACAAGUAAAGCAGUACUGCCUCAAAAUGAGUGUCCACAAAGAAAGAGAGAAGAAGAGAACACCAGGAACAGAUUCUCCAGCGCCCAGCUGUGUGUCGAUGAAGAGUAACCAAUCUAUAACUCAGCCCCCUGGAGUCAGUGAUGGAGCAUCUGACUUACGGAGUCUAAGAACAGCAUCACCAGAACCCAGCAGUGUGUUUAUAAAGAGUGAGAGAUCCAUUACUCGACCCCCUCAUUUGAGUAAUCGAUCAGUGACUUCUGAACCUCGGCAGCACAAUGCAGAAGCAGCCCUGCUGGAGGAGACUGCAAACUUACAGAAACCAGUGAAUGAUGAAGUACAGAGAGUCAAAGACCGGCUCAAAACCAGCAUGAUAGACAAGUAUGAGAGAUUAUUUGAGGGAAACAAACUUCAAGAGAAUGAAACCCUCCUGAACAGGAUCUACACACAGCUCUACAUCAUAGAGGGAGAGAGAGAAGGAGUGAAUGAAGAACAUGAGGUUUUACAGAUGGAGAAAACAGCCAGAACACAAGACACUUCGAUCCACUGCAAUGACAUCUUUAAAGCCUCUCCUGAACCAGGACGCCAGGAGAAAGACCAAAUCAAGACUGUUCUUACUAAAGGCAUCGCUGGGAUCGGGAAAACCGUCUCUGUGCAGAAGUUCAUUCUGGACUGGGCCGAGGGAAAAGACCAUGACAAUAUAGAUUUCAUGUUUCUGCUUCCAUUUCGAGAGCUGAACUUGAUCCGAGAUCGUCAGUACAGUCUUCACACACUUCUGCUGGUCCUUCAUCCUGAACUUCAAGAUCUGGACUCAAAGAUGUAUGAGGAGUGUAGAGUUGUGUUCAUCUUUGAUGGUCUGGAUGAAAGCAGAAUCACACUGAUGUUUUCAGACACUCAGGAAGUUUCUGAUGUGACUGAGACUUCAUCAGUGGGUGUGUUGAUGUCAAACCUCAUUAAAGGAGAUCUGCUUCCCUCGGCUCUCAUCUGGAUCACCUCCAGACCAGCAGCAGCCAAUCAGAUCCCCUCCAAAUACAUCAACCGUCUGACAGAGAUUCAGGGAUUCAAUGAGCCUCAGAAGGAGGAAUAUUUCAGGAAGAGAAUCAGUGACGAGCAUCAAGCCAGCAGAAUCAUCUCUCACAUCAGAAGAGCAAGAAGCCUCCACAUCAUGUGCCACAUACCCGUCUUCUGCUGGAUCUCCUCCACUGUGCUUCAGAAGCUCCUGGAAGAAGAUCUGAGUGCAGAAAUCCCUCAAACUCUGACUGAAAUGUACAUCCACUUCCUGCUGAUUCAGAUCCACAUGAGGAAUCAGAAGUAUGAAGAGAGAGAUCCAGAGACACUCCUGCAGUCCAACAGAGAAGUGAUUGUGAAACUUGCUGAAGUGGCUUUCCAUCAGCUGAUGAAGGGCAAUGUGAUGUUCUAUGAGGAGGACCUGAUUGAGAGCGGCAUAGACGUCACUGACGCCUCAGUGUAUUCUGGGAUUUGCACUGAGCUCUUUAAGGAGGAAUCUGUGAUUCAUAAGAGGAAAGUCUACAGCUUCAUUCAUCUGAGCGUCCAGGAGUUUCUCGCUGCUUUCUAUGUUUUUUUCUGCUAUGGAAGCACCUUGGAUACCCUCAAGUUUUUUGAUUCAAUGCAUAAUCUGCUUAGAGGAGCAGUAGAUAAAGCCCUUGAGAGUGAGAAUGGCCAUCUGGAUCUGUUCCUGCGGUUCCUGCUGGGCGUCUCACUGGAGUCCAAUCAGAGACUCUUACAGGAUCUACUGACACACACAGAGAACAGCUCAGAGAGCAUCAGGAGAACCACACAGUACAUUAAAAAGAAGAUCAAAGAUGGACAUGGACUCUCCACUGAAAGAUCCAUCAAUCUGUUCCUCUGUCUGCUGGAAGUGAAAGAUCAGACUCUGUCCAGAGAGAUUCAGGAGUUUGUGAAAUCAGACAAACACUCAGAGAAGAAACUCUCUCCUGCUCACUGCUCAACAAUCGCCUACAUGCUUCAGAUGUCAGAGGAGGUGCUGGAUGAGCUGGACUUCAACAAAUACAACACAUCAGAUGAGGGGAAAAGGAGACUGAUACCAGCUGUGAUCAACUGCAGGAAAGCUCUUCUUGCAGGCUGUAACCUCACUGCUCUGAGCUGUGAAAUUGUGUCCUCAACUCUAAAAUCCCCAAACUCUGUCCUGAGAGAACUAGACCUGAGUAACAAUGACCUGCAGGAUUCAGGAGUGAAGCUGCUCUCUGAUGGGCUGAAGAGUCCAAACUGUCAGCUGGAGAUACUCAGGUUGUCCGGCUGUAUGGUGACAGAGGAAGGCUGUGGUUAUGUGUCUUCAGCUCUGAGUUCAAACCCCUCACACCUGAGAGAGCUGGAUCUGAGCUACAAUCACCCUGGAGAAUCAGGAGUCAAGCUGCUCGCCGACAAACUGAAGGAUCCAAACUAUAAACUGCAGAUACUCAAUCUGGAUUAUGGAAGGCCCCUCUGUAUCAAACCAGGUCUACGCAAAUAUGCCUGUGAUCUCACACUGGAUCCAAACACCGCAAACACUCAUCUCAUCCUCUCUGAGGGGAACAGAAGGAUCACAUAUGUGAAAGAGUGUCAGCCGUACCCUGAUCAUCCAGAGAGAUUCGCUGAUAAUCCUCAGGUUCUGUGUCGAGAGAGUCUGACUGGACGCUGUUACUGGGAGGUUGAAUGGGGCCUUGGGGACAAUGAACGGGGCUCAUGGGCUCGUAUAGCAGUGGCUUAUAAAGGAAUCAGCAGGACUGGAGGGACUGUCUGUAAGUUUGGAUACAAUGACAAAUCAUGGUGUCUUUUCUGCAAUAGUAAAGGAUUUACUGUCUGGCACAGUAAUGUAAGCAAUAAUAUAUCAACCCAUGAACCAACAUCUAAGAGAGUUGGAGUGUAUCUGGACAUGUCGGCUGGCACUCUUUCCUUCUACAGCGUCUCUGAUACACACACACUCACACACUUACACACGUUCAAUGACACAUUCACUGAACCCCUCUAUGCUGGAUUUAAGGUUUUUGAGUCUGAACUGUGUCUGUCAGAUUUAACAACAGAGAGACAAUUGACAACGCUUCUACCUCCAUUAUAAUCUUGGUCAAAUGGCUAUAAGUGGGAAAGUUUGGUAAAAUUUGUGAAAAUCAAUAUAUACAGUAGAUAAUGAAAAUAUACUAUUUAACUGCAAAUUUAGCAAAUGUUACAUUGAGAAAAACAUGUUGUAAAACAUUAAUGUGUAAAAGCACCAAACAGUCAAUGCGCUUAAAAUACUUAACUCUGUUUAUCAAUGAGUCAUCAAAAAUACAGAAUCUGACUUGCAUUUCUCUGAAUCGAGUCUCAGUCGAGGUGGUCAGAUGGUGGUUCUGGUUCUGGAUUCACUUGUUGACAGUGUUGGGGAAAGUUACUUUGAAAAGUACACGCAACACCUCUGCUUUUACAAUUUUUCUCAACACUAGGGACGGGAGCUGUCAGUCAAUAAAUGGGAAAACAAAGUAACAUUUUUGAAAAAGUAGAUAUAAAAAAGAUAUUUUGUUGUAAAAGUAAUGCAUUGCUGUACUAGUUACUUUUAAAAGUAAUCUGAUUACAUAACUCAAGUUACUUGUACUGCUUGUUUAUUCUCAGAAACACAAGAGUGCAGUUUUUACUGCCCUGGUUAUAAAACGCAACCGAAACUGUGAAACUAAAGCUUAUCAAACCUUUUAAUUUGUUGUAAUCCAGGUUCUUGUGGUUAGUCAUCACUUCCUGACUAUAUUCAUGAAAUGUAUACAUUGUAGUUUUAGAUGUGCAGUUUGUUUCAUUUUAUGUUCCUGUUCUUUUUAUUUGAUUUAUUUUAGCAUAGAAUAACUUUAUUUAGUAGUUCGGGGAGAAGAUAUUGAUAAAGCGUAAUUUCAGAGAAAUCCUUUUGUUUCCCAAAGGUCUGAAUCAGGAAAUAGAUUAUAGUAUGGUUUAUUGAUCCUUUGCCAUCUAUUCUCUUCUUCCUUUAUUUCCCCCUUCUUCUCUCCUUCUUUUCUUCCCAAAUCUUAUAGUAGAGUAGUACACCUGAUGGUGAUUGCUAGAGUGUAUAAAGCAGAAUAUAAUGUUGCUUCUCUUGAUAUCUGAUGAUGGCCUUGACAAUGGCUGGAACGUCACGUUUUUUAAUAAAUAGGCCUAAAGUAGGAUUUUUUUAAGAGUUAGUGUUGCACAUCUUUCCUAUUUACCUUCAUUUUAGAUUUUUGGUUACACCUCCUCUUUUGUUGAUAGUGCAUCUCUUUUUAAUAUUUUCUUUGUAUACCCUUUUCUUUGUAAUGAAAUGUGGCACUGUAUACUCUUUUGGUCUAUUCUCAGAAUAAAAAGUUUUAAAUCUCA